AUGAUGAUGAAGAUGAUGAUGGAGAUGAUGAUGUUCAUGAUGCAGAUGAUGAUAUUGAUGAGGAUGCCGAUGCUGCUGCUGAUGACGACGCAGAGUAAUGCUGCGUCGCCCGACCCCGGGUCAGGACCCUCCCGGACGCACUCCCCCCGCGCCGAGUCGGAGCCGGACGUGGAGGCCAGCGACAGGUCCACACCCAGCCAGAGCGUGCUCGACAAACUGAAGCAGCAGGUGGCCGACGUCACUGGCGACAUGCGCCCUGACGUCACUGGUGACAGGCGCUCUGACGUCACUGGUGACAGGCGCGGCAAGCUGGUGCCGCUGCCCGGCCUGGGUCUGGCCGGGUACGGCGGGUCUGGCGGCCGGGCCAGCAGCUCGCCGCCGGCCCGUGACACGGUCAGCCCGCCGGUCAACUCAGCGGCACAGUCGCCCCGCCAGGGCAGCGCCAAUCACGCCUCCUGGAACUACGAGGAACAGUUCAAACAGCUGUACGAGAUCGAUGACAACCCGAUGCGGAAGGAGUUCCUGGACGGGCUGUUCCAGUUCAUGCAGGACCGAGGGACUCCGAUAAACCGUCUGCCAAUCAUGGCGAAGCAGGUGUUGGACAUGUACGAGCUGUACAACUUGGUGGUGGCGCAGGGCGGUCUUGUGCAGGUCAUCAACAAGAAGCUGUGGCAGGAGAUCAUUAAGGGCCUGAAGCUGCCCUCCUCCAUCACCUCCGCAGCCUUCACCCUGCGCACACAGUACAUGAAGUACCUGUACCCGUACGAGUGUCAGAAGCAGGGCCUCAGCAGCCCGUCCGAGCUGCAGGUGGCUAUCGACGGUAACCGGCGCGAGGGCCGCCGCAGCACCUACAACAACGCCUCCUACGCCGACCUGAUGCAGAGGUCACCACUGAUGGCCGGAUCGAUGGCCCAGUCGUUUGGACUCGCGAACGGGCUGCCAACGACACUGCAGCAGUCGGGACUGUCCCCGCUUCCUCUGGUCACCAGCCGACCCGGGGCCAACGCGGCCGCUCACGGUCACCCGCUGCCCCCCAGCUCUCCGUUUCUGGCCGGCAUGUGUCCGCCGGGGAUGCCGACUCCCAACGACACGCUGAUGACGCUGUGGAACCUGUACAGCAACAGACAGCCGCCGCCGUCGCCGCCGCUCAGGAGGCCCGAGGGCAUGGGCCUGGCGCCGCAGAGCGAGGCCCUCAACCUCGGCGUUCACAGGGAGAUGGCCAGACAAGAAAGAGAGCGCGAUCGUGAGAGAGAGCAUAGGAGGAGUCACGAGGGCGCCACUGAGCGGGUCCGCGAGCGCAAAAGACCGACGAAGAGAGAGCGUCAGGAGUCGACGCACCGCUCCAAGAAAACCCGCCAGGAGGACGAAGAAAACAAGGCGGACCAAGCCCCGCACACCAAAACCAGUAUCUCUCCAAAAGGUGACAGCAGUAUGGUGCUGAGCAUGGAGAUGAACGGCAUCGUCUAUCAAGGAGUGCUGUUCGCCCAGCCCAAGCUGGCUCGGGUCUAGAGAAGCAUGUAUAGUGCUGCCACCUCGAGCUUGAAAGACAACUAUAAGUUGGCUGUGCGUCCGGGCGGGGCGCCGUCGUGGGAAGCCCCGUGGCACCGCCGAGGACUUGCGGUGGAAGGCCGGAUCUCACGGGGCACUCGAAAUGAACGCCGUUGUGUGCAAGAUUAUGAAGUGCUCCUGCAGGGCGGCACUUUCUGAUCAGUGUGAGGACAUGUUUUAGGCUGGUAGUCCGUGUAGUCACCUAGAACACCGCCGCACCCGUUGUUUGUAUAUUUGCCCGCUCUGCUUAGCCGUUCGUGUUCGAGAUGAGCACUCAGUGCAAUGUGCGUCUGGAUGUGUGCUUGAUGCGAUGCCUUCACACGCUCGGGAUGGACAUUCUAUCGUUGAACUAACUAUUACUGCUCAGGGAGUGAUACAUUACCACGUAAAGACAUCCGACCACUCCGUUAGUACUGCAUGACGUGGCAACGGGUGCAAUCGUGCACCAACGCUCGAAUCAAACACCAUGAAACGUCUAAAACACGUCUCAAUCUAUCUUUCGUGAGCAUGUACAAAGUUUUACCUCACGCAGUUUCGGGCUGUUCCUAGAAACAAUCACCUGUGAGUGUUGUCGCUUCCGUAUCGUAUCACUGAAGUGGUGCGGUUUCACGUUUGAAUACCUGAUACGAUGUUAACACAAUUGUGCGAUGGCUGGACCUGGACGGCAACCACCGAAGGGUAUGGCGCGCGAAAACUGGCACUAGUUACCGCGCUUGGAUAUGACUUCUGGGUUUCGCAGUAGCCUGGAAUCUUGUGUUUGUUUCAAUAAACUCCCCACCGUGAUCUGA